AUGAUUAGUUCUCCAUGGAAAACGCACAGAUACGAUUUUAUAAGUUCUGAUGACACUUUUACAAUAAAAACAGAUGGUUGCACUAUACCCGGUCUAAACCCGUUCGCUGAGGACAUCAGAAAGUUUAUUGAACGCCCCAAAUCUAUAAAAUCAUGUCAUCAGUCAAACAUAUCGCUACUUAAUAACAACGAAACGCAUAUAUGGAUAAACGAAGACAAUUUACGUUAUUACGAUGUACCGCCUCUUAACUUAUCAUGCUGUUACAGAUCUUUUUAUAGACCUUUAGCGAUUCUGGAUAUUUAUUCUAUGGAUGUAGACAAUAGAGUAAAGUAUGAAUCUUGUAUAGAAUUUUCUAACUAUAUCGAAGUUAUGAAUGAAUUCGUUAGAGUUGCUUGUUAUUAUAGAGAGAAGUUUAUUUAUGAUCAAUUUUUCCUUUUCGCCCCGAAGAAACCUUUUGUAACAUUCAAAGAUGAAUAUUCAGAAAUACCACAAAACCAAACGGCGUAUAAUAUUAUUAUCAUAGGAAUUGAUGCAAUUUCAAGACUAAAUUUUUACAGAACAAUGCCGAAAACAUUGAGUUUUUUGAAAAAGAAAGGUGCCAUAGAAUUUUAUGGAUACAACAAAGUUGGAGACAAUACCUUUCCAAAUUUGACCCCCAUUCUCCUCGGCAUGAAAGAUACCGAACUGAAGAAAACCUGUUGGCCCAACAUGAGAGCAACUUUUGACAACUGUCCUUUUAUAUGGGAUUCAUUUAAGGAAGUUGGAUACUAUACUGCACUCGGUGAAGAUACUGCUACCUUAGGCACAUUUAAUUUUGAAAAAUUCGGUUUUAGCAGAACGCCUACUGACUACUACUUGCAUACGUUUAUGCAUGAAGCGGAACGCUACACUGGUAACAAUCGAGAUUUUAAUUCAUAUAUAUGUAUGGGUAGUAAAUAUUUUUAUAAAAUACUUUUAGAUUACAUAGAAAAUUUAACAUUAACACUGAAGUCUUCCAAAUUGUUCGGCUUCUUUUGGGAAGUGACAAUGAGUCAUGAUUAUUUAAACUAUCCAAUGGCCAUGGACGAUGACUACGAAACGUUAUUAAAACGUCUUGAUUAUCAUCGAUAUUUAGAUGAGACAAUUUUGAUAAUACUGAGUGAUCAUGGUAUAAGGUGGGGUGAGAUCCGGUUUACUAAACAAGGACGAUUAGAAGAGAGGUUGCCGCUAAUGCACAUAUUGCUACCAAACUCAUUUCGCGACAAUUUCUCUUUAGCUUACGAAAAUAUGAAAUUAAACAGUCAUCGUCUUACAACACCUUUUGAUGUUUACGCUACUUUAGUAGAUCUCGUUAAUGUAGAUGUGUUAAAAAAUGAAAAUAUAAAAUUACGAAGUAGAGCCCAUUACGCCUUUGAUAGAGGCAUAAGUUUAUUUUUACCAGUACCAAGCAAUCGCACGUGCGAGACAGCGGAGAUAGAUGAUCACUGGUGCACUUGCCACAAAGGACAAAAAAUACAAACAAGUAGUUUGGAAGCACGUGAAGCUGCACAAAAAUUGUUAUGGCAUUUAAAUUCACUGAUACGAGGGCAUUCACAGUGCGCGUCUCUUUCUCUUGAUAAAUUAAUUGAAGUCACUGAAAUGAUUGCCGGGACACCGAAUGAAAAAGAGGUAGGAUGGCGAGAAUUUCUGGUGGUAAUACGCACUACUCCAGGUAAAGGAGUGUUCGAGGCAACUUUACGGCAUGAUUCAAGAGACUGGUCGUUAGCAGGUACAGUUAGCCGCCUAAAUAUGUAUGGUGAUCAGGGUCGCUGUAUGCACCACUAUCAGCUCAAAUUAUACUGUUAUUGCCUU